CUUAUAUUGGAUGUUCUUAUGAACUAUAUUCUCGUGUAUAUUAAUUUUCAUUUGUGACGUGUCAAACAAAAAUAUUGCGGGGAUUGUGAAAGUAGACAAAAGCGAAAAAAUGGUAGAACCAGAUUUGAUACAAGAUUCCUUGCCACAUACUAAUUAUACAGACUCAGAACUUGGUGCUAACUUCAAGAAGUUGAGAAUCACGGACAACGUCAGAGAACUGCAGACUGUUUUGAGAGACAAAACCACAUCAAGAGGAGACUUUAUCUUCUAUGCAGACAGAUUAAUUAGAUUAGUUGUUGAAGAAGGAUUGAACCAACUACCAUACAGACACUGUGAUGUGACAACACCUACAGGUCAUAAGUAUGAAGGCUUGAGCUACCAAAGGGGAAACUGUGGAGUUAGCAUAAUGAGAAGUGGAGAGGCGAUGGAACAAGGUUUAAGAGAUUGUUGUAGGUCCAUACGAAUAGGAAAAAUCCUAAUACAAAAAGAUGAAGAUACUCGGGAAGCUAAAGUUGUGUAUGCCAAACUACCGCCAGACAUAGACCAACGUAAAGUCUUAUUGAUGUAUCCUAUUAUGAAUUCAGGGAACACGGUUAUAAAAGCUGUCCAGGUUUUGAAAGAUCAUUAUGUGAAAGAAGACAAUAUUAUCUUGCUGAAUCUCUUUGUUACUCCACAAGCUGCCAAAGCCUUAGUGAAAAGAUUUCCAAACAUGAAAGUACUGACAUCAGAGGUACAUCCUGUCACUCCAAAUCACUUCGGAAUGAAAUAUUUUGGAACAGACUGAAAAAACAAAAAAUACUCUUUGGCGAUUUAUUUUACUAUCAAGUGUGUAUGGCUUGUGAUUCCAGACUUACUACAUCAACAAUACAGGUCAUUUGAAGGUUAUCAAUCUGAUAUUAUCAACAUCCCCAUACAUAUAUAACAAGGUAUUGAUUGUACAAACCAUUGAGGUGUGUGAAAAUUCUAAAAAUUGUUCAGGCAUGAAUAUAUGAUUGAAUUUGAUCGUUUUAUGCAGAAUGAAGUGAACAUAUUCAGUAGAAUGGUUGUGUAAUAUAUUCUUAAGGAUGUAGUCAUGUCAGGUUUAGGAAUUUUUGAUAGAUGUUCAGACUCCUUGGGUUUUUUCCUAAAAUACAGGGUAAAAUAUUUUGCCCCAUAUCACCCACUUUUCUUUUCAUAGAUGACUUCAAUAUCUCAUAAAAGGGUCAUUACCAAAAUUUAAGCAGAUUCUAUUUUUAUCUUACGAUUUUAGACCCAAAUAAUGCAAAUGCUAAAUAUAAGGUAAAAAUCUGAGUCAGCCUUUUCCCGCCAUUUUAAAAAAAUCAAAUAUCUCAAAAAGGACUUCCGUAACCUAUCAGUAUUUUAAGCUUAUUUGAUCUUAAACAGUGUUUUUUUGACUUAUAGUAUCAAUUUUAAAUUCUAGAGUUCUAACUACAUCCUUAACUGAAAGAAGAAAAAUUCAGAUUUCCCAACCUGUACAUGAAAUAUAUUUUUCUCCUCCCAUCUUUGUAAGAAAAUCUUUCCUGUAUUCUGGAUACAUUUAUUUUUCGUGUGUACCAAUUUUCAUGGAUUGAGGAAAAAUUGUAUUUUCGUGGAUAUAUGAAUUUGUGGUUUUCAAAAGUCUGCAUAAACACCUAUAGAAAAUUUGUACUUCAUUGAACAUUUAAAUUAGUGGUUCACAUUUACUCAUGAGGUCCACAAAAAUUGGUAUCCCAUGAAUAAUAAUGAAUCCCCAGUAUUACUUCUCCAGUAUAUGGAGCAGCAGACGACAAGACAUUUUAAAUUUAAGGUUGUGUUCUAAAUUUGUACCAUGCCCAAUUUUUCUGGUUCAUUUUUAUGAUUGCAUUAAUGUGUAAUAGAAAUGCCUCAGUAUACAUGUAUCUGCUGUAUGAUUUAUGAUGAGUGCAAUUUUGAUAUGAAUAUUUAUGCUGUGUUGUUUAUGAAGGAAUGAAUAGCUUUGUAUGAAUUUUUUCAGUUGUAUACACUACAAUAAUUUAUUUUUUUUCAAAGGGCAUCCACAAAUGAAUCAUUAAGUGUUACCCUUGUCAGUCUGUACGUGCGUACAUCCCAAAAUUAGUUUCCAUUCUCUAUUUUUAGUUUGACUCAGCCAAAUGUUAUGAAACUUAUACACGAUGCUUAUUAUCACAAAACUCAGAUCAAGGGCACAUGGACACAUUCUCCAUUUAACGUGUUUUAAAUUUGAAAAUAUUGCAAGAUUGAGCCACAUAUACUCUAUGAGUAAACUAAAUAUCAGUUGUAACUUGCUUGUAUUCAAUUCCUAUAACAUGAGGGUUUAAUGUACAUAAUUUAUAAUUUGUGCAAUAUGAUAUAACAAAAACUCUCCAAGAGUGUUAUUUUUCCUUAUUCAAAUAAUAAAAUGCUUUGUCAACAGAUGUUUCUCAGUAGCCAUGCAGAGCUAAUAAAAAAAUGUUUUUUCUAUAAAAUCUCACCAUUAAAUAUUUCAACAAGUUGUAGUAAGUAGUAAAGUAAUGUUCAGAGACUCUUUUUCUUAGUCGUGUCAGUGUUGCAGACAGGGUACAAACUAAAAACUUAAAAUGGUACAAAGGAGUAGGUUUGAUAAGUGACUAAAAUGACUCCUAUUUUUAGCUACAAUUUCAAAUUAUGAUUUAUUGACAAUUAUCACAAUGAAUCAUAGCUAAUACAAUAACUAGAUAGGAAAUAUGUCUUGUGCUCAAAAUUUUACAUAAUGCAUACUUACAUACGAAUGGCACUCAUUUUGAUUUUUUACGAGCAGGUUAAUUUCCAUUGAUUUUUUGGACAGGAAACAGAGCGCAUAUGUUGACAAAACAGAUCUUUUAACAUAAUGUUUGUUAUAAUAUGUUAAUAUCUGACUUGAAUAUUUAGUUUGUCAAAGCCUGUCCUUUAUGUUCCUUGGCCUUAAUUAGGUUGAAAUCUGGAUGAUUUUGUAAAAUUUCACAAAAAUCUCUACUUAUGGCCGAUUUGCGUUGUGUUAUUUUAUAAGAAAAGCUCAACAAAAAAGUUCCAUUUCACUGUCUUACAUGUCUUUUCAUCAACCUGAAACAUGUUUUAACUUUAAAAGUAUGGAUUUAAUAUUCAGGGCCAAAUAUAGCCCUACCGAACUUACUCCUUUUGUUAAUAAUUUGAUUUAUAAGAUGUGCAAUUUAAUUUUUGAUCUGUGGUGAAGGAUUGUUCACCAACAAAGGAACACAACUUUGUACUUGUUAUCUGUUUACAGUUUUCUAUUGUUAUUUUUUAUGCUAAUUUACAAUAAUAUCCCGUUAUAAGGGAUACAUUUUAAAAGGGUAUACACGUAGAUGUAGUUUGUAUGAAAUGUAUAUGAUUGUAUUACAUGUAGGAUCUUUAUACAUAAUGUAUAAUACCAUGUAAGAUCAGUGUAUGAACUAUGCUUCUUUUACUUGUAAGUAUAAUUGUUUUGAUGUGUCUUUAAAAAGGAAGCACUGUUUUACCUAUUAUAGCUUCUUUCUAUAUGGUAUGGGCUUUGCUUAUUGUCAAAGGCCUCAUAGUGCCCUAUAGUUGUUUACAUCCUCAGCCUUUAGUCUCUGGUGGAUAUUUGUCUCAUUGGUAAUCAUAUUACAUGUCCUUAUUAAAAUUAAGUAUGCAGUUAAUAUGAACAAAGUUAGAUAAAAUGAAAGAUUUGUGUAUCUGCCAAAAAUAAGAUUAUACAAGUGUUCUUCCUGUGCCUUUUUUUUUGUUUUUAUCCCAGGACAAUUCUGAAAAUAAUUUUUAUACGACCGCAAAAAAAAAUUUGUGGUCGUAUAUUGGUAUGACGUUGGCGUCGUCGUCAUCGUCGUCCGAAGACACAUUGGUUUUCGCACUCUAACUUUAGUUUAAGUGAAUGGAUCUCUAUGAAAUUAUACCACAAGGUUCAAUACUACAAAAGGAAGGUUGGGAUUGAUUUUGGGGGUUAUGGUACCAACAGUUAAGGAAUUAGGGGCCAAAAAUAAGCAUUUUUGUAACUUCCAGACAUAACUUGUGUGUUAGUGUAUGGAUCUCUCUGACAUUGUACCACAAGGUUCCAUAUCACAAAGGGAAUACUGGGAUUGAUUUUGGGGGUAAUUGCGACAAAAUUUUAGGAAUUAGGGGCAAAAAAAGGGGAAAAAAACAAGCAUUUUCUAGUUUCAUGACAAUAACUUGUGUGUAAGUGUAUGGAUCUUUCUGAAAUUGUCCUACAAGGUUCCAUAUCACAAAGGGAAAGCUGGAAUUGAGUUUGGGGGUAAUUGCCCAAAAUGUUUAGGAAAAAGGGGCCAAAAAUAAGCAUUUUUCUAGUUUCCAGACAAUAACUUGUGUUCAAGUGUAUGGAUCUCUCUGAAAUUGUACUGCAAGGUACCAUACCUCAAAGGGAAGGCUGGGAUUGAUUUUUGGGGUAAUUGCCCCAAAAUAUUUAGGAAUAAGGGGCCAAAAAGGGGCAAAAAAACAAGCAUUUUUCUAGUUUCAGGACAAUAACUUGUGUGUAAGUGUAUGGAUCUUUAUGAAAUUGUACAACAAGGUUCCAUAUCACAAAGGGAAAGCUGGGUUUGAGUUUGGGGGUAAUUGCCCUAAAUGUUGAGGAAUUUGGGGCAAAAAAGGGGCCUAAAAACAAGCAUUUUUCUAGUUUCCAUACAAUAACUUGUGUUCAAGUGUACGAUCUCUCUGAAAUUGUACUGCAAGGUACCAUACCAUAAAAGGAAGGCUGGGAUUGAUUUUUUAGGUAAUUGCCCCAAAAUUUUAGGAUUUAGGGGCCAAAAAGGGGCAAAAAUCAAGCAUUUUUCUAGUUUCAGGAUAAUAACUUGUGUGUUAGUGUAUGGAUCUUUAUGAAAUUGUACUUCAAGGUUCCAUAUCACAAAGGGAAAGCUGGGUUUGAGUUUGGGGGUGAUGAAUCAUAAGGGGGUUCAAAAAAUUUGGGGGAGGGAUUUUUUUUUCCUUUUUUUCCUUUUUUUUUCUUUAAAAUUUUCCAUUUUAAAUUGGUUAUUUCUGAUUUAUAUAUAAAAGCAAAUAAUAAUAAUAUGGUUUGAAU